AUGCAGGCCUUAAAAGGACAAGCUGAGCUUGUGCGCAAGGCAAAGCUUGCCCGCUCAUAUCAGGAGCUUCUCGACGAAUUUGCGAGCCACGAAUUGAAAUCCGUCGGUAACUACGCUCUUGGACGUUUGAUCGGAAAGGGGUCCUUCGGCAAGGUCUAUCUUGCCUCUCACAAACUCACCAAUGGCUCCAAGGUAGUGCUCAAGUCAGCCAACAAGGGUGAUUCCAACCUUGCGCGCGAGAUUCACCACCACCGACAGUUCAUUCAUCCACACAUCGCGAGGUUAUACGAGGUCAUUGUGACAGAGAACAUGGUCUGGAUGGUGCUCGAGUAUUGUUCUGGCGACGAACUCUACAACCAUCUCCUCGAGCAUGGUCCCCUUCCCGUCGAGAAAGUCCAAAAGAUCUUCACUCAACUUGUCGGCGCUGUCAGCUACGUCCACAACCAAUCAUGCGUCCAUCGCGAUCUGAAAUUGGAAAACAUUCUUUUCGACAAACACGAAAAUGUCAAACUUGUCGACUUUGGCUUUACGAGAGAAUAUGAGGGCCGAACAAACCAUCUGCAGACUUUCUGCGGCACCAUCUGCUAUUCGGCGCCAGAAAUGCUGAAGGGUGAAAAGUAUGCCGGUGAAAAGGUUGAUGUUUGGAGUUUAGGUAUCAUUCUCUACGCACUGUUAUGCGGCGAACUUCCAUUCGACGAUGAUGAUGACAACGUGACUCGGACCAAGAUUUUGAGCGAAGACCCCAAGUUCCCAGAACAUAUGCCUCCCAAUGCGAUUCCACUGAUCAAAGCAUUGUUAUCGAAGAGACCGCUUUUGCGCCCCGGUCUGCCCGAGAUUCUUUCCAACUCGUUUCUGGCCGAGCAUGCCCCAACGCAACGGGCUAUUCUGGAUGUCCAGCAACCGCCCCCAUUCUCCACGCCGUUGGAGAAGGAUUGCUUGCAGCGAAUGCGAAGUGCUGGCGUUAAUAUUGAUGGAGUCAUAGAAAGCGUACUCGCGCAAAAAUGCGAUGCACUGGCUGGGUGGUGGGCUUUGUUACUGGAGAAGGAACAACGAAAAAUGCAGCGCAGAGAGAAGAAGCGAAGAGAGAGGGAGCUUGAUAGUCGCAGUAUGCGACGAUUAUCCGCCGCUUCAAGCCGCUUGGAAAGAAUGGCUCCAACAUUACACGAAGUCGAUGAGACUCAUGGCUAUGGGCGGCAAUUAAGAUUGGAAAAGUCGAAUUCCCGAAACAGGGGAAGGAGUGAGCGUAGGAGUGCUCACUAUGUUGACUACAUUGUGUCUGAUCUUCCGCAGCUUCCAGAAAUCAGGGACUCGGGGGGAUUAAACAUGGACAGCGACCAACCUCCUCCGCCCGUCGACAAGGAUUCAAUACGGUCUAUCUCAACGUCUCGUCAGCGCAGGCCUAUACCACCCCCUAAGGAGGGAAUGAUACGCAGCGCUCGAUCUCGAGGCUCUACACUUCAUCUGGUCACCACAUCGGAUGCCCUUGGUUCUAACACGAGCGAUGAACACAGUCAACAACAGAAUGGUAACGAGAGACCAAGAAGAAGACCUAGCCAGCCACUCAUAUCUCACUGGAAGAAUAUGACACAUUGGCUUGUCGAGAGCGCAACGAGAAGAAGACGUGGCCAUGCCAGGCGAACGAGUCAGAGCACCCCAGACCUCCAUAAGAAGGAGGGAAGCACUGUCAGCAGUAAAGAUGGAAGCUCACGACCACAGACUAGCAAAUAUCCUACCGCGACCUCGCCUGGAACACAGCCGACAGCCUCGCUACCUAAGGGUGUAGUGGCUAACGGCCAAAGGACAGGUGGAGCCAGCUCCCAGAGAACGGCAUCAGGAAGUCUCGCAUCACCAACAAUUCCACCUCCUCGUCUCGCUACAUCAUACAAGCGACAAUCACUGUCUCCUUCGCCUCUUACGCCACGUUCGACUGUUAGGCGGUCUUCGGCUGGACUGCGAGGCCGAAAGUCGACAUCCUCGUCAGUGUCGUCAGUGCGAUCAAUUCACCACCAUCACCAUACUCACUCCAAAGCGUCUUCAACAAGCUCAGCUGCCUCAUUCUCCACAUCCAUGUCGAAAACGCCUCUCCAGCGAGGUCAUUCCCCUCACCAUUCAGUCAAGGUUCUUCCAGCAACCCCCACCUCAGUUUCAUUCCCAUCAAACAUUCGCCUCGUUCGAGCCACCCCACCGACCCUCAAUAUGUUUAACGAAGGAAUGCCAUCUGAUGGCCCACCACAAGCUCCAGGAUCACCCAAUCCUUUCGCGUCAGGCAUCAUGUUUGCAAAACGAAAGCGGAACUUAUUCAAGGGUCCGACUCUUAACAACUUUGGUGGACCUUCUCAAGGCCAGCGCAACAGUGGGUCUGGGUCACAUUCCCGCAGCGCUAGUGCCUCUGGUCUGGGACGUCGAUCUGGAGAAAUCACUAUUCAAGAGGAGGAUGAAGGGUCAGAGAUGGACGAGGAUAUCGAAGAAGUUGAUGUUUUCAGCCCAGUCAUAGGCGGUCCGGGCGAAAAGAUUGAGGAGCAGAUCUUUGAAGAAAACGAGCCUCAACCUGAGUUGGAACCUGCGCCCACCAUUAUCGCAAGACAGUCAGAAAGCCAGGCUUCAACGAUUACUGCCGAGAAGGCUCCUGCAAGCUCAUAG